AAAUGUUGAUUACACUUCGUUCCACUUGAUAGAAUGAAAAGAUAUGCUGAGAGUCAGUGCACACCAUGAAAACUGCGCGGACUUUGGAAUGUUGAAAUGACAUGCGUAAUGGAAGUGUAGCCACCAUUUUUACAAAUUGAUAAAAUCGUUAAUUCUGUUAAUCCCUUUGCCUGAGACUCACAACAGAGAAAAUCCAGACUAACAAAUUGAGACAAACAGGAAAUUCCAGACUCACUAAUUGAGACUCCGGAGUGUUUUAAGUAUUUCUCUUGAUAGUUUAGGGUCAUAGGAAGUAAGCUGCCCAGCAGAUCUACAACGUCAUCUAGAAUGUGUGUCACCAUUUACAAUGAGUUUUGUAGCUAAAAUAAAUUAUAUUGGGAGAUUUCUGGAGCAUGCAAAGUUCAGAGUUGCUAUGCCAACAUUAACUCGGCUAGAUUUAAACUGGUUCUCAAUGGUUCUAUGACUAUCCAACCCAUCAAUAUCAGCUACACCUGUAGAUCUGUUUUGGAAUGUACAUCAAGAUGUCUGAAGCUGAAUGACACGUGUCAAGCUUUUUUAUUUGACCUCAAAAAAUCAAAGUGUUUAUUGGGUUCCUAUGUUAUAACAUCUGGGACUCCAAGAAAUAUUAACGAACAUGUUUUCUGCAUUCAGCAGUCUGGGAUUUCAACUCAAGCAACAACCCAGACAACAGCUCAGACAACAUCAACAGCCCAAACACCAACCCAGACAACCCAAGGUCUGAAAGGUUGUAGAUCAAACUUUACCUACUCUACCAAUACCUCCACGUGUCUCUGGUUCUCUGGAGAUCCUGGUAAAAGUGCAAGUUAUGCACAUCGAGACCUAGCCGCCUUGAAUUGUCAGGCAAAGGGAGCUCAUCUUGUCACAACUAAAACAUUGGCCAAGUUAAAGUAUUUGGAAGCAACAUAUGACACAAUAUUUUGGGUCGGACUGCGCUACGAUAGCACCUCCCAAGUCUAUGUCUGGGAUGAAGAUGGAAGCUCAUUGACUAUUGAGACCCAUAACAAUAUAUUUUCAAGUUCGUCCUACCAGCCUUCAAGUUCUGAGUGUGUCUACUACACCACAUUCUAUCUAAUAGACGAGACUUCAUGUGACAAUGAUAGUACAUAUAUAUGUGAGCACCAGCCAAUUUAAAAUGUAACACAGCUGCUUUAACUAAACUUUACUUGUUUUUAGGUACAAGUGUCUCUUUUCAUUUGUAGACCUUUGUGUUAUGGAAUGUCUCUCAUAAUUUUAAGAUUCUUGUCUUUCAGACAAAUUUGACCUUAUUAAAACAGGGUCGACCAAAUUAAGCAUAAAAGAUUGGAUCGCAAGAAAGCCAACAAAAAUCAGAAACUAUAUCGACUCGGGGUGGUCUAGUGCAGAACUGAGUUGGCAAUUUUUUUUUAUGUAUCUGUCAAGAAAUAACAAUGAAAUGUCAUUAAUUUUUUAGUGAGUGAAAUAAUAAUCGGCUUCUUGGAUUAUAGGCCCCAUAUUGCUUUUGGGCCGGAACAUUUCUUUUACCCUUGUGAUAAGAGGGAUAAUAAGGGUAAUUACUUUUUUGUCAAGAAGAGUUAGUCCCCUUUAGUACACUAUUUAAGUCUCUGUUGACUGUAUUCAAUUGCCACUUUCUCUUGAAUUUUUGAGCUGACCAGUGUACAUUAUUUUAAACAAAAUCUUUGUAAUGUUGAUAUAAUUAUUAUGUUUAUGUACUCUGACCUUGUCACUCAAGAGGAGUGUACCACUGUAAUGGAAAUGUGUUGUUUUUUAAAGAGCUUAGUAGAAUUUAUUUAUUUAUGUUAUUAAUCAGUUGGUUUCUUUAAAUAGUAUAUCUCUACCUAGUCUCUAGGGCAGUCUAGGGACCACUACAUACCACUGGGCUAACUUGCCAGUACAGCAGAAGUCACUGGUCUUCUGACCUAAUCCUAGUACAAGGUCACAACCCUGCACAUUGUAAUUCAGUAUUGAUCCGUGAAUUUUAUUAACGUUUUUCCUAAUGAAAUUAAAAUACCAUUCACACGAGCCUUGUUAACAAAAGAAAAAGUGAUUCAUGAUAGGCCCUCAAAUCCACUAUAAUAAUUUGUUGGAUUUUAGUUUUCGAUGCAGAAUACACGUCUAUCUUGAUUGAGUCGUAAUCCAAUAGUUCUUGUCUAGACAAACAAAUAGCCAACUUCAUUGGAUGAAUUGCUUUUGUUUAUUUCGACUUUGUCUACGUAUAAAUAAAAAGUACAAAGAAAUGUGUCAAUUGGAACAUAAAAAGUUGGAGAGAAAGAAAAUUACGCACCAAUCUCAAUAAGACAAUGUCUUCCAUUCUGAAGAUUGAAUAUCAGUGCUGUAGUUCACAUAACCACACAAACCUAUUUCCGACCUGCAUGUUUUUCCACAUCUAUUGCAGACAAAACCUUUGUCCCGUCUGCCCCUGUAUUUAGGUCUCAAAUGGGUGUCCCGCGACUUUCGUGAGAGCUCUCCAGAAGUCUCUAAUAGAGGUCAUCUGCUGUCAGCUGCUUUCCUCUACGCCAGUGAGGGCAAAAUGGCGUCUGACUUGAUCUUAAUAGCGCUUCCCGUAAGCACCCCUUUUGAGUCGUCCUCCUUUAAGUGCGCUAGAAAGAUCGCUUUUGGCAUGCGGUCUUUCCUCAUACGGGGUAGGUCUCCGAACCAGUGCAGCUAUCCAAUGGUAAGUAGUGCUUCUAUACUGUUCAAAACAACUUCUAGAAGAACAUAGCUGUUUGUGAUGCUGUCUUAACAGCGAAAGCAUCUUAUAGAGUAUCCAGGUCUCAGAGCCAUACAAAAGUGAAAUGAGAGCCACUGCUUUAUUGGCAUUGAUUUGGUUCUUAAAAAAUGUAUUGUUGUAACUCUAUUCCAGCGUUCACAUAUAUGGUGUGUGCCAGAGUACUGUUAAACACUAGGGAAUGGGAAACAGGACAGGAAAUAUAGACAUGGUGGACAGGGGCGUAUCUAGGGAUUUGGGGGCCCGAAGGGAUUGACUUCUUUGGGGACCCCUUGCAUUUUCACAUUCGACAUCAUGACAUGAGAUAAUGUACUUAAUAAAUAUAUAAUCCUACAUUCAAAUUGGUACAGUAUAUCAGUAAAAUUAACAAGAAAUUAUCAUUAAGAAUCUUUUAAUGAAUAAUGCCGUUGUUUAUUGGCGAAAUAAUACACGAGUGACACAUCUCAAUUCAUAUCGCUUCAUGUCGUGCUUUCUGUGCAUCAAAUGUCAUCUAUAACAUCAUCUACAUCGAUACUGUCUAGUAUUUAUUACUCCACUGACAAUAAAGCCAUGCUAAGCCUUUCUUGUGUCAUUGUGCUCCUGAGAUCGUUUUUGAUUAACUUGAGUUUUGAGAAUGAUCUCUCACAUGACGCAAUGAAAGUGACAAGAGUUAGCAGUAUUCGGAUGGAGGUUGCAAGGUUUAAACACAAAUCGUUACCAUAAGAAGCCAACUCCUCAGUAUGUCAAUUGGUGAUUGUGGUACUGUCUUGUUGAUGAAAAGAUGAUAAAUGCUCGUGCUUCAAUGACAUCUUUGAACAAGCGAUUUGCCUUUUUUUCAUCAAACAGGAAAAAGUAACACAGUUUUUUAUCAGCGUGUCAUCAUCCAUAGACUCCAAGAGAUGUCUUGGUUCAAGAAGAAACCCAAAGGUGUCCAAAUGGUUUUCAAGCCUUUGGAAUCUGUCCUUCAUCUCCAUAUGAAGUCUGUCCAGCACGUCUGUUGCAUCACGUUUGAAUUGCAGUUCUAUUGUCAGUCCUACAUCAGUACUCAACUCCCCAUCUU